CAAAGAGUGUACUUUGGGGCCCCUCUACAAGCUCCUUUGGUUGGGCCAGUCUAUUGCUCUUACGGCCCCCCCCCCUCCAUUAGCAUCGGAGAAUCCGACAGCGCUAGCCCAGGCUUGUGCCUCAGUUUGAGUCCUGGGGACAGAAUGGGGGGGAGGAAGCUGUGGAUCAGCUGAGGGAGGAGGAGGAGUCCGGUUCAGCCCCGCAAGUUGAGGCUAAACAGCUCGGUCUCCUGCCAUGUCUGUGUGAUCGGACUCGUCACCGAGCAAUCCCGGAACCGGGCCGGUAGGCGCCACCAUGAGGAAAGGAACGGGUUGCGGCAUGCGGUCGGCAGUGGGCUUCCUGUCACGGAGGGGGCUACACGGAGACCCCCUGCUGAAGGAGGACUUCCAGAGGAGGAGGCUGCAGGCCUGUAGGAACCUGUACAAGAAGGACCUGCUCGGGCACUACGGCUGUGUCAAUGCCAUCGAGUUCUCCAACAACGGGGGGAACAUGCUGGUGUCAGGAGGAGAUGAUCGACGUGUGUUGUUAUGGCACUUGGAGCAAGCAAUCCAUUCCAAAGCGAAACCCAUCCAGCUGAAAGGAGAGCACCACUCUAACAUCUUUUGCCUGGCUUUUAACAGCUGCAAUACCAGGGUAUUUUCUGGAGGCAAUGAUGAGCAAGUUAUUCUUCAUGAUGUAGAAAGUGGUGAAACCUUGGAUGUUUUUGCUCAUGAGGAGGCAGUGUAUGGCCUUUCAGUCAGUCCUGUCAAUGACAAUGUCUUUGCCAGUUCUUCCGAUGAUGGAAGAGUCCUCAUCUGGGAUAUAAGAGAGUCUCCCCAAGGAGAUCCUUUCUGCUUGGCACACUAUCCAUCAGCAUUUCACAGUGUGAUGUUUAAUCCAGUGGAGCCCAGACUGCUGGCCACAGCCAAUUCCAAGGAGGGAGUUGGACUUUGGGAUAUCCGAAAGCCACACAGCUCUCUGCUACGUUACGGUGGUAACCUCUCCUUGCAAAGUGCAAUGAGUGUCCGAUUCAAUAGCAGUGGGACUCAGCUUCUAGCCCUGAGACGCCGCCUGCCACCGGUCCUGUAUGACAUUCACUCACGCCUGCCCAUUUUCCAGUUUGAUAACCAAGGCUACUUCAACUCCUGCACUAUGAAGAGUUGCUGCUUCGCUGGGGACCGUGACCAGUAUAUCCUGUCUGGCUCUGAUGAUUUUAACCUGUACAUGUGGAGAAUCCCAUCCAGUCCAGAAGCAGGUGGAGCAGGCAGAGUUGUCAAUGGUGCGUUCAUGAUUCUAAAAGGACACCGUUCCAUUGUAAACCAAGUGAGAUUCAACCCUGAAACCUACAUGAUCUGCUCCUCUGGUGUUGAGAAGAUCAUAAAGAUUUGGAGCCCCUACAGACAACCUAGCUGCAACGGAGAUCUUGAUGGGCAAGUUGAGGAUGAUUCACGUUGCUUAUAUACACAUGAGGAGUAUAUUGGUCUUGUUCUUAACAGUGGAAGUGGUUUGUCACAUGAUUAUGCCAAUCAGUCAGUGCAAGAGGACCCGAGAAUGAUGGCUUUCUUUGAUUCCCUGGUGAGGCGGGAGAUAGAGGGAUGGAGUUCUGAUUCUGACAGUGAUAGUACAAUUCUGCAGCUCCACCCUGGAGUCAGUGAGCGUUCUGCUUAUAGUGAUUCUGUAUCUUCAACCUCUUUACCACCCUCACCAGUUGCCACACCAGGAGAAUCAGAUGAGGCUGCCACUGCCGGUGACUCUCAGAGAUCAGCAGAGUCUCCUCCAACAAGAUCUGAGUUGUCUUCACACCAGCUGAGAAUGUUGGCAUUGAGGAAAUACCAGGAUAAAAGACUGGCCACGAUGUCCAACAAUACAGAUUCUGAUGAUAAUGCAACUGAGACAGAAGCUGAAACUGAGCCUUUUUCUCGUCCUCGCUCUCCAAGUCCUGAAGAAGAAAGAUCCAGUAGCAGUGAUGAAGAAAGCAACCUUAACGAUCGCCGAGCCUCAAUGAGGCAACGUAAUGCACUUCGACAUCAACAGAAAAUACAGAGAGAGAAGAAGGCUAAAGCAAAAUCUCAAAGCACACCUUCAGUUGUUGGAGAAGAUGUUUAUGAGUAUCCACAGAUUACAGUGGAUGAGCAGUCAACAUCCGCAGAGUCCUCACCUGAAAGAAGGAGCCCUAGUGAAGUAGAACGUAAAUCCUCACUAUGUUCAGACAUUGACUCAGUUGAAAGGAAGAUCUAUAAAGCAUACAAAUGGCUACAGUAUUCCUAUAUAUCAUAUUCUAAAGGUAAGGAAGGAGAAUCCUCCCUCAAUGGGAGAGAAAGUGAGGAUGGAAGACCAGGAACUAGUGGGAGGAGCAGUGUGUUGCCCCCAUUAUUGGAAACAGAGAGCUCAAAUGAAACAACUUCACAAGAAAGCAAAACUCCUUCUUCAGAAGGCCUACACAGUCAGUCUGUCCACAAGGACUCUUCACAAGAAAACUUAAGCAGCAGUCCAGGCUACCACAGUGGCAAACCAUUAUGGCUUGAGGAUCUAGAAAACUCUUCCCAUGAUACUGCCUCUGUGGAGUCUCCUUCAGAGACAAAAAAGUUGAAUGGAGCUUCUGCCCAUAAAGAGCUCACAGUUUGCUCUGAAGAUUAUUUUAGUCAGUGUGAAAGCAGCAUGACACUGAAAAACAGCCAACACCAGCAACAGAUAAUAAACCAGCAAACCCCUUCAUCCACAAAAGAGUCUCCCACUUGGUUUAAAGGUAGCAUAGACAAUUGUUUGGGGAGUGGGAACUCUGAAACAGAAGGGGAAGAGGCAGAUAAUUCCUGCAUGCACCAGAGCAAUGGGCACUUGCAUCCUUCAGUCUCCAGUAGCGAAGGACAAAGCUGUGGGGAACAGACCGUGAACUUUGUGUGCCCACACACUUAUGCCAAUAUUGACAAUGUCACCCUGCACCAAGCAGAUUUAGCACUGCAUAAGGGCACAUGUUUUAAGGGAGUGGGCUCCAGUGUGAGCACAAAAGAUGACUUCACAGAUCAAACAGACAAUGGUGAUCACAAGCUUCCAAGUGGACUGAAAAGGCAUUGGCAAGAGCAUGAAGAAUCUGAUGAUUCUUCCCCAGAGAAGAGAAUGAAAACCUAAAUAAAUUGUUUUCCUUUACCAUAAGUAAGAACUAAAAGUGUCCAGUCGUGGUCUGGAAGAUGAAUGGCUGUGUGUAUCUGAUUCUCCAGGCCAUUCUAAAUUUGGCUGUAUUGGCCAAAGUUCAGUUUGCACUAAAUAUAAACAUUUUGUCUUCUUAAAAUAUUUUUUAUAGGAUUUUUUUUUUCCUUUCAACUGAAAUUCAACUAGGCUUUUCCCCAAUAUGGGGUGUUUGUAAUAUGUGGGGAGUAAACCAUGGGCACUCCAUAAAUUACAUUUAGGUACUCUGUGUUGAUCAGCUGAUGGAAGUUUGCUUUGCUGUGCCAUAUAAGUGAUCAGUAACAGAAAAAAUAAUCAAGUAAUACAAAAAAAAACCAAUGUUUUUUAUUUUUACGCAUUGCCAAACCAAAUAUUUUCUGCAAGCAGUGCUAACACUGGCUAAAUUCGUAGAAACUGAGCAGAUUAAAAAGAGGCUUCUUUGGGGUAUAUUUUCUGCUAUUAGGUUAGAAAAACUGAAUUUUUCUAGAGCACAUUCUUAAUGUUGAUCUAUGACAAGCCAAUACAAAGCUGUAUUAAUCUGCAGUGUGAAUGCAUCCUAGGGUUUGUGGGUUACACUCAGCUCCAGCUUCAAUAUUUCAAAGCACAACUUGUUGCAGAAUAUGCUUCCUGAGGAUGAUUUGCACAUAAAAACAAAUAGGAGUUUAGGUCCAUGCAAAGCAGACUGUCUUCUGUCAAGGUUUUCCACAUGCCUAAAAGUGUUCUGCGAUCACUUAUUCAGUUGCAUCAUGGGACACAUUUUUAUGUAGAACAGUGUGUAAAUGGGUGGGGUGUUUUUGUUUGUUUUGUUUUACUUUCUUGAAGAACAUACAAACACAUUUGGAAUGAGUGAUCACAAUAGGCUGUGCAUGCCUUUGUAAUAAAACACCUAAAAAUGAACAUCCAUAUGAUUAUCCCAAAAUUGCAUUCGGAGAAGUACUGAAAAUGUCUUUGUUUUUUUCUCAGUCUUUGUACAUUAGGAAGUCAUGCAGGCCCGGACUGGCACUUUGUGGAUUCUGUAAGAUGCCAGUGAUAGCCACUGUUUAUUGGGCUUGUUGGGAGCUGUUUGGCCCUCUGUGUACCUAAAGUGACAGGUAUUUUGAAUCUUAGCUCAGACCUGAAGUCAUGUUAAAAUUAUUUUAUAGGGACAUAGAAUCAAAAUCAAGAUGUCUCAGAGGUGAUGCUUACAAUCUAAAGUUCUGAAUAUGUGUAUUAACCAGUAGGCGAACUUGAGUACAUGGGGUUCCUCUGCAAAAAAAAUCUUUAGAGGGAGCUUGGCGUGAAUAGUCUCUUGUCCCUCUACUUCCUAGCCAAUUUGCACCGCACUUUUCAGCCCACACUGUGCCAUUAUUUUAGUGGUAGGAGGGAGGCUAGGGAGGGGAGACUCCCAUACAGCAGACCCUACUAUCUGGGCCUCCCUGCAACCAAGGGGUCUGUUGUAUAGGUAGUUACGCCACUGGUCUGGCAUACACAAAUACAUGCCAAUUUUUGUGGGUUUGGUAACCUUGAUUGAGUGCAGUGGCAUAACUAUAAAGAAAGCAGACCCCACAAUAGUGGGGGGGACAGGAGGGCCUGGACCACAAGGUCUGUUUCCACUAUAGAAAUCCCACCUUCCCAGCUGCUGUUCUACCAGAGAGCUGGCGGUAAGUGGGAAAUGUAAGGGGAGGGUGGCAGUGGUGCCAUGUAGGGGUAAAUGUGCACGCCAGGCCCCUCUGAAGGUUUUUAGGUUUUUUGUAGCUGGGGUUCUUGGCUGCCUAUAAUUACACCACUGAUUGAGUGAUUUAUCAAAUGCAGUUAAAUCACUAAUUUGCAGAGAUCCAUUUAUUCUACCUAACCAGUCACUUUCUAAAGGUGGCCAUAUACGUACUCCUGAUAAACCCACCUAUGGUGGUCCAAAUGAUGAAAUUACAACAACAGGAAUAGGAGCUGUCGGACCAAGGACCGCAGCAACGACACCUGCCCAAUUUUCAGCCACAUAUCGUUUGGGGAGGCUUGUAAGAAGGCCCCCAUACACAGGCAGAUAAGAUGCUGGAUUUGUCAUGCCACAUUAAGUUCAAGAUUAAGAGAUUUGUGUCUUUGUAACAACUAUAUUGUCCUGCUAUAUUAGUCUGUGUAUCACCAUCUUUAGCACUUGCUUGAAAAUACAUGUAUAGGUAUUGAGUCUAUUAUCCUUGGGUUUUCCAGAUAAGGGGUUUUUGUGUACUUUGUAUCACCAUACCUUAAUUCUGCUAAAAAUCAUUUAGAUGAAAUAAACCCAAUAUGAUUGUUUUGCCACUAAUAUAGGAAUAUCAUAUUGUAGCUUAGUUAGGAUAUAGUACAAGGUUCUAUUUUAUUAUUACUGAGAAAAGGGGGAGAUGGGAAAUGGACUUUCCAUAAUUAGAAGCUCUCUGGAUAAUGUGUUUCUGGAUAAGGGAUCCAAUACCUAUAUUACCAGUGUUAGGUUGGGGUACAAGGGGCCCAAAAGAAAACCUUUUCUCUUAGUCUUUUCUCUGUACAUACAAUCCUCUAUUCUUUUCUUAAUUUCUUCUCUUUGUUCUCAUAUAGAAAUAGGGAAAUGAACAUGAUAUAGUCAUAAAUAUUUGGGUGAGCAGGAGCCCCCCCCCCCUGAGUUUCCCUGGUACCCUGGUGGGCCAGUCCCACACUUUGUAUUACCUUUAAAUAAUGGCUUGUAUUUUUAAAUACUCUUAUAAUAAGGUUACCAAAUCACUUGAGAAUUCAAAAAGAUGCAUAGAAAAUCCAUCUGGUAGGGCUGUUGGGAUUGCAGUUUCAUUUAAGUUGCAAUCAGUGCAGCCGUGCAACAUACAUUCAGUAGAUGUUUCUAGAAGUUUUGAAAUAGUUUGGUAAGCCUAUGCUAUAGGUACCCGACAUGUUAUUGGUCAUUCCAAAAACCAGCAUGCCGGGGUGCAACCUACCUGCUCCAAAGCAGCAAUUGUUCAUCCUUUCUGACUGAGAAUUGAGGAGUGGAGGAAGCAGAGGCUUCUGCCCAAAUCAAUCAAAUACAUUUUAUUAUUUCUGAAUUCUGGAGAACCUGCUUUUGUGUCAAACCAUAAAUUCUGAGGAUUCCAGAGAAGGGGUCUCAUACUCUUGCUACCAAAGCAUUUUUUACUCCAUUGUGUUUUACAGGCUAACACAUGAAUAUGAGACCAGAGUAUUGACACAAGAGGCCAUGUAAGGUGGCAGCAUAGCAGAUGGAAAUGGAAACACCAACCAAGGCUUGCUAGCAAAGUGCUAUCUGAGUCAAUUAGAAAUGCAUUUACCUACACUGGACCCGGGCAGUAACCUUAUUUUUUUAUUGUUAUACUAUUCACUAAGUGGUAGAACCAGUUAGUAACAUUUUGUGCCUGGUAUAACAAUUUCUCCUUACUUUUUUGUGGCCUUCUGAAUAUAUAUAUAUAUAUACCUGCUGAACUCACACUAACCUCCCUGAAAUGAUUUCCACUGACAAUAAAGUGAAUCAAUGGUGGAAAGGCAUACAUAUUGCUUUGUUUUUUCUAGCAUGACUCCGGAAAACAAAGUUAUGCGUAUACCUUUCCACUGGCCAUUCACUUUAUUGCCAGUGGAAAGGCAUUCCAGGAAGAUUAGUCACCCGGGUAGCUGGGAUUAACCGCUGGUGACUAACACUACACCAUAUAAGGGCCUCAUUCAGAGGGGAACCAUUAGUAUUUUCAUUUUGCUAGAUACCUCCAAAAUGACACCCAGAAAUGGCAAAUACCUCAUUUUAAUCAGCCAGGUGUGCUCUAAAUUUCAAUGUACUUUUUGGGGUUUUUUUUCCAUUUUUAUUUUACACUUCAAUUUAUCUUCCUUUCCCAGAAAAAUCCAGGAGAUAUUCCUUAUAAAAAGCAGAUUUUUUGGGGUGGGUUGUGAUGUUCUGCCUCUUUGUUUUGCAGCAAUGAGCACAAGUUACAGUCAUCUGUGAGUGGCUUUUCCUCACUAUGAUGUAUGUGGUGGGAAAUCAUAUAUAUAGACAGAGUGUUUAAUGUAAUACUUCAUGGGCAGUGCAGUGCUUGUGCCCAUCCUUUCAGAGGCACAGUUAUGACUUGACUGAGCCGCCCCUCUUUUUAUCCCCUUGAGCCCAUUGUGCCUGUAGCCAAGCUAUAGUUAACAAAUUUGUAGUCUAUGAAAAUACAUUUUGGAUUAAAGAGUCUGUUUUUAUGCAGUCUGUAAGGUCUUGUGAGCGGGGGGUGAGCAUGGACCAAUGGAUCUCUUCAGACUGCAGGUGGGGGGGAAUUCAGUAUAUGUGAUGUUUAGUAUACGGCAUAGGUAUUACAUCCAUGAGGACUUGUCACAUAGCUUAUUUAUUAUAUAGCCGAAGGUAGAGAUUAAGGACAUAUAUGUAUAUUUUGGGUUAUAAUGGAAAAAUGCACACAUUUGUAUGUAAUCUUUUUAUGUAAUUGUACCUGACUGCAGAAUUAUUAUUAUUAUUUUUUUUUUUAAAUAAGCAAUUUUGGUAAGAGGGUAAUAAAUCCAAUAAAAUAAGACUUUAUCUAGGGAGAACAUUUUAUUAGAGAGUCUAAAGCAGCUGACAGGUGAGCCCUGCAAUACCCAGGGCUGCUAUCUGGGCAGACCGGUAUGAUUCUUGUAGGACCCCAGCAAAACCAGGGACCUAGGCUGCUACAAAGGGGAUGGGGCUUCUUGGUAAAGGGACGAACCUAGGGUAUGGCUAGGAUGCUGCACGGAGCCCAAUAAAUCCUUAAUGGCAAUUAUGGCAAUUCCACACAGACAGUAAAGAUUGCUGUUCUUAUGUAGCUCAUAUAUAUGUUUCCCCCCAAAAAAACUAGACCAACACAGAGUCUUGGAGACUUAGAAAGAGUGUCUGAA